GCCAACGGGCCCGGGGGUGUGGGACUCCGCGGCCGCGGCCUCGUGGGCUGGACCGGCAGCAUGGACAACCUUUUCGUGGAGGAGGUGGCCGCCUCCCUGGUCAGGGAGUUCCUCAGCAGAAAGGGCUUAAAGAAGACGUGUGUGACCAUGGACCAGGAGCGCCCACGCACUGACCUCAGCAUCAACAGCAGAAACAACCUCCGCAAGGUUUUGCAUCUUGAAUUUCUCUACAAGGAGAACAAGGCAAAGGAAAAUCCUCUAAAAACAAACCUUGAACUCAUCACCAGAUAUUUUCUGGAUCACUUUGAAAAUACUGCUAACAAUUUUGCUCAAGAAGCAUCAAUGCCUGCGCUCUCACUUCCAAAGAAAAGUAACAAAUUACCAUUGAGGUGCUCAGAGACCACACUGGUGAAUAUAUAUGACCUUGCAGACGAAGAUGCGGCAUGGAGAACAUCACUGUCAGAGACGAGCAAAGCCAGACACGACAAUCAUCAUGGGGAUGUACUUGGUAAUUUUGUGUCAUCCAAAAGGCCCCCGCACAAAAGUAAGCCGGCGCCGGCCAUCCCGGCGGAAAGCCCUCCGGCCGCGGCCCCCGCGUGGGAGAAGGUGGACAAGCUCCCGUCCUCAGAGCCAGCCUUGGACACGAAGCGCGUGGGAGAGAAGAUGAGGCCCAAGCCCGGCCUGAUCGUCCGAGGCAUGAUGGCCGGGCCCACCGCCAGCUCCCCGCAGGACUCCCUCCGCAAGCGCUCCCUGAGGCGGCCGCUGGCCUUGAGCAGCGUGGCUCAGCCCCACGAGGAGCAGGAGGAGGGCCGCAGGGCCCCCGAGCCGCCCACCCGCACCCCGGCCUGCCCUGCCGCACAGGAGGGCCUGGCUUCCAGCACCGGCCCCGCCGCCAGGAGCCCCCUGGGCCAGCUCGGCGAGCCCUCAGCAGAAAAGCCCCUGGCCACCCCCGGCAGCCCCCCUCGCCUGCCGAGCCAGGGGCUGCCCCAGAGGGGGAGCGGCAGGGACAGAGGUCUCUCAGAAGACAGCCCCGCCGAGGACCACGGCCCAGAGGCCGGCAGGACGCCCUUGAGGUUCUCCUUGCCGGGUGGGAAUGCCAAGACGACCCAGGAGAGGCUGGAAAGAGCCUUCAAAAGGCAGGGGAACCUGCCCCCGCCCCUCAGGAAAAAUCAGUUGCCAGUGUCCAGCAAGGCCGAUGUUGAGAUGGGUGCCCUGCAGCUCGAGGAUGUGGAGGAUGAAUCGAUAAGGGAGGAAGUCGUUCUCUCUCCAGUCUCGUCGAUGCUCAAGCUUCAAAUAGUGUCAAAGCCCAUCGACUUCUCAGUGGCAAAGGACAUAAAGACCGUUCUCUUUGGUUCCAGCUUUUGCUGUUUCAAUGAGGAAUGGAAACUUCAGAGUUUUUCAUUUAACGACACGGACUCGUUAAAAUACGGCAUUGUGCAGAACAAGGGUGGUCCCUGUGGGGUCCUGGCGGCCGUCCAAGGCUGUGUCCUGCAGAAACUCCUGUUUGAAGGAGAUAGCAGAGCUGACCGCGCUCGGCAGCUGCAACCUUCAAAUGCCCACAGGACCCACUGCCUGGCCCUGGCCAUCGCGGACAUUUUGUGGCGGGCCGGCGGCCGUGAGAGAGCCGUGGUCACACUGGCUUCGGGAACACAGCAGUUCAUUCCAACAGGGAAAUACAAAGCAGAUGGAGUCUUAGAAACACUCAUGCUCCACACUUUGACCUGCUACGAGGAACUGGUAGCUUUUCUGCAGCAGAGCAUCCAUCAGUUUGAAGUGGGCCCCUUUGGAUGCAUCCUGCUCACCCUGUCUGCCACCCUGUCCCGGUCCACGGAGCUCGUCCGCCAGGACUUCGACGUCCCCACCGGCCACCUGAUUGGAGCUCACAGCUACUGUACCCAGGAACUUGUCAAUCUGCUCCUGACCGGGAGAGCCGUGUCCAAUGUUUUCAAUGACGUGGUGGAGCUGGAUUCCGGGGAUGGGAACGUCACGCUCCUCAAAGGCAUUGCUGCCCGCAGCGACAUUGGCUUCCUCUCGCUCUUUGAGCACUACAACGUGUGCCAGGUCGGCUGCUUCCUGAAAACCCCGCGGUUCCCCAUCUGGGUGGUGUGCAGCGAGAGCCACUUCAGCGUCCUCUUCAGCCUGCAGCCCGAGCUCCUGCGAGACUGGAGGACCGAGAGGCUCUUUGACCUGUACUACUACGAUGGCCUGGCCAACCAGCAGGAGCAGAUCCGGCUGACCAUCGAUACCACCCAGACUGUGCCUGAGGACAGAGAUGGUGACCUCAUCCCGCCCCUCGAGCUCUGCGUCAGGACCAAGUGGAAGGGGGCGUCCGUGAGCUGGAACGGCUCAGAACCCAUCCUGUGAGCCUUCCUGCGGCCGAGGCCUAUGGCUCCACCGCUCAUCCCAGGGGCGACAGCUGAGCCCCAUGCCUCAGGGACGAGUCUCUCGGAAGGGUGUCGCCGCCACCUGGGCCUGCACUGAUGCAGAAGCAUCCAGAACCUCUCUGCCCCUUCCGUGAAGGGCCUGCCGGGGACUGUGAUCAGGGCCCGGGGGGCUGCUGCCGUGUGGCUCCCUCCCCGCUGAGCUGUGACUGCCAAGGACAGGAUGGCGGCCAGCUGCUGUGGCCUCUGCUGCCUUUGCCCGUGUCCCUCCCUCACUCCUUGAUGGGCCGUCCCCUUGCCAAGCCUUUGAUACGG